AUGGUCUUCAUCGUGUGCCUAGCGGCUCUCUUAGCAGUAGCGAAAGCCAACAAUUUCGGCUUCAACAUCGCCCAAAAUCGUCCCACCGGUUCCAGCAGUGUCUUUGUCAACGGUGUUCCUCCCAUCACCGCCAGCUCAAACCUCGCCGUCGACGGCAAUUUCAACUCCGACUUCUUUGCCGGUUCGUGUUUCUCCAGCGAUGUUCCGGCGAAUGACCCCAACCCCUUCUGGUUCGUGGACCUGGGGUCCCGUCGCUACGUAUCCGGCCUUACCCUCACCAACAGGGGCGACUGCUGUGCUGAUCGUCUGAGUGGUCUUACGAUCGAGGUCUUCGAGUUUAAUCCCACAACCAGUACCGAGACUCCUGAGUUCUGCGCCAUGGUCAUUGGUGGAGUGGCCCUUGGUCAAACUGUUUCACUCUCCUGCUCUCCGACCGUGACUGGACGCUUCGUCCGUAUCAGAAAACCCGCCGCCACCGACCCUCUCACCAUCUGCGAAGUCACUGUGUCCGGAGGCAACAUUAACUAUAACUUCAAUAAACAGCCCACCGUCAAUGUCGCUCGGAAUCGCCCAGCGCGUGCUACCUCUCAGUUUUCUUUCGCUGCCACCAACCUCAUUGCUUCCCCUGGCCUGACUGUGGACGGCAACUUUGACAGUCAGUUUGUCACCGGAAGAAGCUGUUACUCAAGCGCCAUUGGUGACACAAUUCCUACCUUGUACAUCGACCUUGGUGCCUACUUCUUCAUCAACUCCGUCACCGUCACCAACAGGGGAGACUGUUGUGCUGAACGCCUGCGCAACAUCAACAUCGGCACUCUCCUGAAAGACCCCUACAGGUAUCUUGAGUACCCUAGAGUUUGCGGCACCAUCACUGGCAACGUCGCUGGAGGAGCUAACUUCACCGUCAACUGCUUUGCACCUUCUGUGGGCCGCUACAUCAAGAUCCAGAAGACCAGUCAGGCUGACAGCAACGAUCUCCUGACCCUGUGUGAAGUACAAGUAACUGGAAGGUUCGCUUCCUACACUGAGGUGACCGACAAACACUUCGACAAUGACGUUGCUCAGGCUCUGGCUGAGAAUGGAAUUAUUUCUGUUGCUGGGUCACAAUUUGCCGGGAAUCACGGCAGAAGGGCUGUGAAUUGAUACGACA